AUGGAAGUGCUUGCUCCAGCGCUCUCCCAACUCAAAUCCCUCACAUCCCUUGAAGUGGCCAACGACGACAUUCAUGACGCGGGUGUCACGCACAUCACAAGUGCGCUGAUGAAACUCCCGGGUCUCACACGCCUCAGUUUGGAUGGUGCUGGCUUAUCUGAUGCAGGGCUGGAAACCCUGGCAGCGGCACUCCCAUAUCUACCAGCGUUGACACACCUGAGUCUGACCAAGAACAUAUUUGGUGAUCGUGGCGCGACGGCCCUUGCGCACGCUGUCAAGCAGCUGCCAUCGCUCUGCGUCUUGCGAUGGUCGUUUCUGACACUUCACAUCUGUUGUGCUUAUAACUUGGUAGGCUGA